AUGGGCACCCCCGUUGCCCGGGGGGCCAGGCCUCUCCCCGCCUCCGGGAAGCGCUCUCCCCCAGUCCUCGGCCUGCUGCUCCUGGUCUUCAUCAAGCAAGUUACAGGAUCCCUCCUUGAGGACACAACUCGCAAGUGGGCUCAAUACAAAGAGAAGUGUCUGAGAGACUUACUCAAGGAACCUCCUGGGACCUUUUGUAACGGGACCUUUGAUCGAUACGUGUGCUGGCCUCAUUCUUCUCCAGGAAAUGUCUCUGUUCCCUGCCCUUCCUACUUACCUUGGUGGCAUGAAGAAAACUCUGGAAGGGCCUACAGACGCUGCCUGGCUCAGGGCACCUGGCAGACAUUGGAGAACUCCACAAAUAUUUGGCAAGAUGAUUCCGAAUGCUCCAAGAAGCACAGUUCCGAACAGAAAGUGGAAAACCACGCCUUGCUGUCGACCUUGCAGCUGUUGUACACCGUGGGGUACUCUCUCUCCGUCGUCUCCCUCCUCUUGGCUCUCACCAUCCUCUUGUUUCUUCGAAAACUCCACUGCACACGCAACUAUAUCCACAUGAACCUGUUUGCUUCUUUCAUCCUGAGAGCCCUGGCUGUGCUGGUGAAGGAUGCCAUUUUCUACAACUCUUACUCCAGGAGGCCCAACAGCGACAACAAGUGGCUGUCCUUCGUGUCAGAGAUAUCUGUCUCCUGCCGCUCUGCCCAGUUCCUGCUGCACUACUUUGUCGGAGCCAAUUACUCGUGGCUGCUGGUCGAAGGCCUUUACCUCCACACGCUGCUGGAGCCCACAGUGCUCUCUGAGAGGCGGCUGUGGCCCAGAUACAUGCUGGUGGGUUGGGCCUUCCCGCUGCUGUUUGUGGUACCCUGGAGUAUUGCUCGUGCACAGCUGGAGAACACCGGGUGCUGGGGAACCAACAGGAAUAAGAAAAUCUGGUGGAUCAUCCGGGGGCCCAUGCUGCUUUGUGUCAUGGUCAAUUUCUUCAUCUUCCUGAAAAUUGUCAAGCUUCUCAUUUCUAAGCUCAAAGCCCAUCAAAUGUGCUUCAGAGAUUAUAAAUACAGGUUGGCAAAGUCAACGCUGGUCCUCAUUCCUUUGUUGGGCGUUCACGAGAUUCUCUUCUCUUUCAUCACUGACGAUCAAGUCGAAGGAUUUUCAAAACUUAUACGACUCUUCGUUCAGUUGACUCUGAGCUCCUUCCAUGGAUUGCUCGUGGCUUUGCAGUACUGUUUUGCCAAUGGAGAGGUGAAGGCUGAGCUGCGCAAGCACUGGGUCCGCUUCCUGCUCGCCCGCCACUCCGGCUGCAGGGCCUGGGCCCUAGAGAAGAACUUCCGAUUCCUGGGGAAAUGUCCCAAGAAGCUGUCCCAGGCAGACGGCAAGGGGACGCUCCAGAAGCCGCAGCCCUCGCCGGGCGGUGGGCAGCUCCUGCACCUGGCCAUGCAGGGCCUGGGGGGGCUGGGCGCUCGGCCGCCGCGGGGACACGGGGCCUGGCCCCGGGGCAGCAGCCUGUCCGAGAGCAGCGAGGGAGACUUCACCCUGACCCACACCAUGGAGGAGAUUCUGGAAGAGAGCGAGAUCUAGGCUGGAGGCCCACCGCCCUGGCUCUGCUCCCCGAGAGCACGGUUCAGAGUCACCGGUCUUCCCCACGCACCCCGGCCACUUUGGCAUCAAGUUCACGUCCCAGUCUUGCAUGCUGGAGACCUUGAGGGGAGCGUGAUCCGGAGGCUGAGCGGGGUCCGGGCCAUUAGAGUCAGGCUCAGCGACUGAAUGCAUAAGUCAAGGGGCUGAAGGAAAACCACAGGAGGAACGGCCUAGAGAAAUACGUGUUCAUUCCCUGGAGUGUCGCUUUUAGAGAGUGCAAAAUGCAUGUGUACAUGGGCGGGUACGUUGCCAGGGGACCAGAUACAGCCACGCAACAGGGGGAGGGACGGUAUGGUAUUUAUCAAGGCAGG